CUCUGCUGUAUCAAACCGUCUAGCAAUUUAAUAUCUUUGUAGUCGUUCAUAUCCCAUUAUCCGAUCAAAGUCCUGUAUUGUUUCUUGUUUGAUUCUGUACCUAUCACUCGUCUUUUGUUUAAUACUUGUAGUUUUUGAAAGACAUUCAUCCUAUCCUUUUCUCCCACUUCACACACUAUGCUUCUCCAAUCCGCAUUCAGCUUUAUUGCUGCCUUUAUUUUGACCACAUCCAGUGUUAGUGCCUUGCCUAAAGGUGCACCAAAAUGUGUCAUCAAUUCAGAUGUGAUUUCCAAAGCACACAAACAUCCCGAUGAUCCCACCCUUGGUUACGGACUUGAUGUCAAAGUUUCUGGUAGUUCAUUCGAAAUCACAGUUACCAGUAGCAAUGGACGCAAGGACUUCCAGGGCAUUCUCAUGUAUAUUGAAUCCGUUGACAAACCAAAGUUCCAUAUGGGCAAAUUCCAAGUGGACACCAAUAACUUUAGAUUCCAGCAACAGUCGAUUUGCGACGCUGCAGGUAUCCAAGGAAGUAACGAGGCCACAGUCACGCAUGCCAACCCAUCGAAAAAGCCACUUGGCUCGACCAAGUUUAUCUGGACGCCUAAUCCUGAAGACCUGCAAGUUUCAGGCGAGACAAAGAUCCACGUAGCAGUUGCAGACAAUGAUGGAGAUAGUCCGUCUACUUCACCUCCCCGUUUCAUGUCGUUCCAAGUUCCAAUCAACUUCAAGACUGGCGGCAAUCCAACAACCACUGUCACCGUCACCGUCGCGCCACCUGCUGGUGCCACUGUUGUUACCACUACUCGCCGCGUUAUUAAAUGCAUGCCCAAAUCUCAUCGCAUGCCGCCAGUGCCGGCUCAAACUCCAAAGCCUAUUGCUACUCCCACUCCACCUGCUGCACCCCCAGCUUAUCCAGCACCCCCCGCUCCACCUGCACCUCCAGCUGAACCUCCAGCAGCACCCCCAGCUUAUCCAGCACCCCCCGCACCUCCAGCUUAUCCAGCAGCCCCCGCACCUCCCGCAGCAGGUGGUUACUAACUCAUCUUCAUUACCAGAAAAUUUCAUUGAUGUACAAUUAAACCAUUACUUACAGCCAUAUUCACAUAAAAUGAGGCACUCUUCUGCUUCUAUCUUGCAGUGACUGCCUCCUUUUCUUUCGAAUAAAAAAUGGUUAAAUAUUCAUUAUGACUUAUUACCAGAAAUGGUUGUACAUAUCAUGUACACUGAACAAAAACUGAGGGUGUUGAGCGGUACAAUCGAGCCAUGGGUUUGAUCUGAAACCGUCCCUUUUUUUGGCAUAGCCAUACAUUAUACGAUUAUCAAGCUUUGAAUCGGACUCAUCCCUGAUGUUGUCAGUUGAAUCCCUUUUGUAUCCCAUACGUUGUGUUUUGGUUUGAGAAAGGAUUACACAAGUACGAGGUUUACUCGUACAGAUAGGUAGACACUUGCCUAGUUUUUGUACAGAAAUGAUCGUGGAACAGAGCACUAGUAAAUCAAAGAAUCCAGGACACUUCGCAGUAACUACCCCUACACCCGAGGAUGACUCUAAACCACCAUACAAGACUGAGUCACAAAUAGAUCCGUACCUGAGACGAGCAGAUGAAUUUUACAAUUCGCUUAUUGCUGCUAAAGCACUUAGAGGACAAUCUGCCAAUGUGGCUGGUGAUUUGGGUCAGUCAACUUUGAGCUCUGGUGAUUUGAAAAGUUCUUUUAAACACUCUGUUGAAAGCAAGCAUAAAAAGCAUCUCUCCAAAACCAUCGAAACAGGCCAUACAUCCGGAACUCGUACCGACUCCAGUACUGGACCAACUGAUUCGGAGGAUGAGAAUCGUAAGCGCUUAUUCCAAGAUAGACUGAUUAAAAUCAAGGGUAUGCUGCGCGACCUUGAUAUUUCUACUUCAGAGGACUCUGGGAGCGAACAUUCACAAGCUGUAAGCGAGGAAACAAUAGCCCAAUUUCUAUAUCUCUAUCUGGGUCAAAGAGAAAUACCCCAUGAUAAAAGAAGAGAAAUGGUGAGAUUGAUUUUGGAAUCAGAGGUUAGGUAUAUCAUGGAUUCUAUCGACAGGCUAAACGGAAAAUUGGCGGCAAGUCAAAUUGUUAAUGAAUGUCGCAGUGAUGGCUCAAAGAAAAGUGGGUGCUGUCUUGGAAAGAUUUGUAAAUCGACCGGUUCCUUUUUCGAUAAACUUAAACUGGGACGCUGGACUAGGAAAUUCGAACCUCACAAAAACGAUCAACCACAAGCUGUGGGAAGGUAUACUCCAAUCGAGGAUGGCAAACCCCAAGCCGAGGGAAGCAAGAGAGUUCAGGCUCAAGAAACGCAAGAACCCCAAAGUGAGGAAACGCAGAGCCCCAAGAAAGAAAAGAAAUUCAGAUUCUGGAAAAUCUCAUCCAAAUCUGGUGGUAACAAUCAACCUCAAACCGAGGAAACGCAAGAAUCCCAGGUCGAGAGUCUUCAAACUGAACAAGCACAAAAGCUUCAGGCUCAAGAAACGCAAGAACCUCAAAGCGAGGAAACGCAGAGCCCCAAGAAAGAAAAGAAAUUCAGAUUCUGGAAAAUCUCAUCCAAAUCUGGUGGUAACAAUCAACCUCAAACCGAAGAAACGCAAGAAUUCCAAGCCGAAGUGACGCAAGAACCCGAAGUUGAGGAAACUCGGAAAUCCAAAAAAGAAAAAAAAUCUGGAUUCUGGGAAAGUACGCUCGCGUUUUUUGGAUUCAAACCCCAAGCUCAGAAAACGCAAGAACUUCAAGCUGAAGCAACACAAGAACCUGAAAUUGAGGAGAUUCAAAGCCAUCAAGUUGGAGAUGACGAAUCCCAAGCUGGAGAUGACGAGUCAAUAAAAGGCAACGGGUGUUGUUUUGGAAGGUUUUGUAGAUCGGUCGGUUCCCUUUUGGAUAAAUGCAAACCAAAACGCCGGAUUCGGAAACACAAAGAAAUCCUAUCCUUGAAACCCUCAUUCCAAACUGAAGAAGCCAAUCAACCUCAAGCCGAGGAAACGCAACCAUCCCAAGCUCAAGAUAGUGAAAUUCAGACUGACGAGAAACUUGAAGCCAAAGUGAUGCAAGCAUUCCAAACCGAUGAUGAGAAAUCACUGACAUCCCAAACUGAUGAUGAGCAAACGUCAAUCGAUGAUGAGGAAGUUCAAGUCGAGGCAAUGCAAGAACCUCAAGUUCAGGUUCAGGAAACACAGGCACCACAAAUUGAGGAAAUGCAAGAAUCUCAAAUUGGAGAUGACGAAACACUGACAUCUCAAAUUGGAGAUGAGCAAGUGCCAAUCGAUGAUGAGGAAGUUCAAGUCGAGGCAAUCCAAGAACCCCAAGUUCCAGUCCAGGAAACACAGGCACCACAAAUUGAGGAAAUGCAAGAAUCUCAAAUUGGAGAUGACGAAACACUGACAUCUCAAAUUGGAGAUGAGCAAACGUCAACCGAUGACGAGGAAGUUCAAGUCGAGGAAAUGCAAGAACCCCAAGUUCCAGUUCAGGAAACACAGGCACCACAAAUUGAGGAAAUGCAAGAAUCUCAAAUUGGAGAUGACGAAUCACUGACAUCUCAAAUUGGAGAUGAGCAAGUGCCAAUCGAUGAUGAGGAAGUUCAAGUCGAGGCAAUCCAAGAACCCCAAGUUCCAGUUCAGGAAACACAGGCACCACAAAUUGAGGAAAUGCAAGAAUCUCAAGUCGGAGAUGACGAAACACUGACAUCUCAAAUUGGAGAUGAGGAAACGUCAACCGAUGACGAGGAAGUUGGAGUCGAGGAAAUGCAAGGAUCUCAAAUUGGAGAUGAAAGCCUUCAAGUUGAUGAUGAGGAAUUUCAAGCUCAGAAAGCACGGAUUCUGGAAAUGCAGAAAUAUAGGGAACAAAGGAAGUUCCAACUCGAGAAAAACAUGCCCAGAUUUACUGAACAAAUGCAACCUCAAGUCCAGGAAACGCAGCAACUCCAAGCCGAGAUGACACAAGAAUCUCAACCCGACGCAAUUCAAGAGCUUCAGGCUCAGGAAAUUCAAACCAAAACCCAAACGCAAGAACUUCAAGCUGAAGCAACACAAGAACCCGAAGUUCAGGAAAUUCAAAGCCAUCAAGUUGGAGAUGACGAGUCAACAAAAGGCAAUGGGUGUUGUUUAGAUAAGUUUUGUAAGUCGAUCAAUUCCCUUUUGGAUAAAUGCAAACCAAAACAUCAGAUUCAGAAACACAAAGAAAUCCCAUCCUGGAGACCCUUAUUCCAAACUGAAGAAGCCAAUCAACCUCAAGCCGAGGAAACGCAACCAUCCCAAGCUCAAGAUAGUGAAAUUCAACCAUCCCAGACUCAAGAUGAGGAAACCAAGGUUGAAGAGACGCAAGAGCCCCAAAUUCAGGAAAUUCAACCAUCUCAAACCGAGGACGAGGAAAUUCAGCCAUCUCAAACUGAGGAACUUCAAACCGAAGAAACCCAAAAACCUAAAAAAGGAAGAAAGUUCCGACUUGAGAAAAACAUAGUCAAAUUUAUUAAGAAAAUGCAACCUCAAGUCCAGGAAACACAGGCACCGCAAAUUGAGGAAAUGCAAGAAUCCCAAGUCGGAGAUGACGAAACACUGACAUCUCAAAUUGGUGAUGAGCAAACGUCAACCGAUGAUGAGAAACCCAAGGUCGAAAAGACUCAACCCGAGGUAAUUCAAGAACUUCAGGCUCAGGAAAUCCAAACCCAGACCCAAACGCAAGAACAUCACGCUGAAGCAACACAAGAACCUGAAAUUGAGGAGAUUCAAAGCCAUCAAGUUGGAGAUGACGAAUCCCAAGCUGGAGAUGACGAGUCAAUAAAAGGCAACGGGUGUUGUUUUGGAAGGUUUUGUAAAUCGGUCGGUUCCCUUUUGGAUAAAUGCAAACCAAAACGCCGGAUUCGGAAACACAAAGAAAUCCCAUCCUUGAAACCCUCAUUCCAAACUGAAGAAGCCAAUCAACCUCAAGCCGAGGAAACGCAACCAUCCCAGACUCAAGAUGAGGAAACCAAGGUUGAAGAGACGCAAGAGCCCCAAGUUCAGGAAAUGCAAGAAUCUCAAGUUGAUGAUGAAGACCUCCAAGCUGAUGAUGAGGAAACCCAGGAAUUACAGACCGAGGAAACCCAAAACCCCAGGAAAGAAGAAAAGUCUCAAUUUGACAAAAUUAUGCUUAGACACUUUGGGAAAAUGCAACCUCAAGUCCAGGAAAUGCAACCUCCUCAGAUCCAGGAAAUGCAACAGUUCCAAGCCGAGAUGACACGAAAAUCUCAACCCGAGGUAAUUCAAAAACUUCAGGCUCAGGAAAUCCAAACCCAGACCCAAACGCAAGAACUUCAAGCUGAAGCAACACAAGAACCUGAAAUUGAGGAGAUUCAAAGCCAUCAAGUUGGAGAUGACGAAUCCCAAGCUGGAGAUGACGAGUCAAUAAAAGGCAACGGGUGUUGUUUUGGAAGGUUUUGUAAAUCGGUCGGUUCCCUUUUGGAUAAAUGCAAACCAAAACGCCGGAUUCGGAAACACAAAGAAAUCCCAUCCUUGAAACCCUCAUUCCAAACUGAAGAAGCCAAUCAACCUCAAGCCGAGGAAACGCAAGCAUCCCAAGCUCAAGAUAGUGAAAUUCAGACUGACGAGAAACUUGAAGCCAAAGUGAUGCAAGCAUUCCAAACCGAUGAUGAGAAAUCACUGACAUCCCAAACUGAUGAUGAGCAAACGUCAAUCGAUGAUGAGGAAGUUCAAGUCGAGGCAAUGCAAGAACCUCAAGUUCAAGUCGAGGCAAUGCAAGGAUCUCAAAUUGGAGAUGAGGAAAUGCGGGCAUCCCAAGCCAAAGUGAUUGAAGAAUUACAAGCUAAACUGAUGCAAGAGUCUCAAAUUGAGAGUAAGGAAAUUCAGCCAUCUCAAACUGAGGAACUUCAAACCGAAGAAACCCAAAAACCUAAAAAAGGAAAAAAAUUCCGAUUCAAAAAAUUGCUGAACUUUUUUGGAAAAAAGAAGCCUCAAGCCGAGGAAACACAAGAAUCUCAAGUCCAGGAAACACAGGCACCGCAAAUUGAGGAAAUGCAGGAAUCCCAAGUCGGAGAUGACGAAACACUGACAUCUCAAAUUGGUGAUGAGCAAACGUCAAUCGAUGAUGAGAAACCCAAGGUCGAAAAGACUCAACCCAAGGUAAUUCAAAAACUUCAGGCUCAGGAAAUCCAAACCCAGACCCAAGAACCUGAAAUUGAGGAAAUUCAAAGCCUCCAAGCUGAAGAUGACGAAUCAACAAAAGGCAACGGGUGUUGUUUUGGAAGGUUUUGUAAAUCGGUCGGUUCCCUUUUGGAUAAAUGCAAACCAAAACAUCGGAUUCGGAAACCCAAAAAACACCAUCAAAGAAAGGGAGUUCGGACUCUGAACAAGUAUACUCAGACUGAUGAAACACCAGAAUUCCCGCGAAUGAAGAGAAUUCAGACUGAUGAGACGAGGAACCCCAAGGGAGCAAUGGUGCUCAGACUCGGGGAAGGUACGCUCGAAUUUCACGGAAACAAUCAACCCCAAGCCGAAGAAAUGCAAGAAUCCCAGGCUUAG